AGCAAACGCCCAAACAGCCAAGAAUUGAGACAACUCUGGCUAGCUCGCCUACCUCCUUAGGUGGCAUCGACAGCCCGAAAGGGACACCGUGAGCCCCUAAACUGAAGUUUAGGCAAUCUCGAUUGGCGUGCAGAAACCCACCUGGCACUUGCUCACAGCACCUAUUGAAAUCCCCACAAGCAAAAGUUCGAGACCUCUUUGGCGCUCAAGCGUCCCACCUUAAUCCCGGGGCCUACAUCCCCCAAGAGUCCACUGCCAGUCCAUUCCUAAACUCCGUCUUGAUUCUCCAACAUCAUCUCCUCUACAUCUCAUAUUCACCUCCUCUGUUUCUCUGACCAGUCCACCAUCCUGGCGCACAGAGUAGACAGCUCUCCAGCAAACUCAAGGGCAACCCGCCUUGGGGUAUUGCUGGGCUUCUUCACCCUCUUUAAGCUCUCGAAUUGACUCCAAUCGACGCUUCAACCCAUCAUCCUACAGACGCCCAGGAAUGCCGCAGACUGUCACCAUCACGACCAAUAUUCCAGUCUUGCCACCACAGACAAUAACCGUACCUACAUUAUGCCGAUGUGCACCCUCACCCGUCUCACCCACGUCAACCUCGAUUCCUGACCUGGUUGAGAUAUUCCUGCGCUUUCAGCACAUUGGACCCUCCACGACUGUCAAAGGCACCACAUCCACCACCAUGUCAACGCUGACAAACGCCACGAUGAAGCCCUCCGCUAUAUCCGUCCCAUCUCUCUCCCCCCUUCCAUCUGACCUGACGCCAAAGGUCUCUGCAGAGAAAAUACAAAUACCCCCUUCUCCAACAGACCAACAAGAUGACCUCGACUUCAGCCAGCCUUUGGCUUCUCGCCUGCCACCUACACCCGAAUCCCCAACUAUUCGCAGCCCAAACCCAAACCAGUUCAUCACACCAUCCAGACCACGAGAAGGAUCGCCCCAGAGAAAAAUAAGACCCUCACCAGGGUAUGGUGUCACAGCGAUGCCUCACCAAAUGCAAAGAGCACACUCUUCCCCUGGGGUCGAUUCGUCAGGCCGAUAUGUUCAUCCUUAUGGUGCUUCGAGGAGACCAAUUUCACCUCUACCAGCAUCCCGCAGAAGAAGUCCUCUACGAUCUACCUUGGAUGAUGCUUAUCCUAUUGGUCCAUCUUGGAGCGGUUUGAGCAUUGAGCCCAACAUCCCCGAGAAUGAAGAGUUGGAGCUCUCUGGGCUUGAUCUAUCCCAUCCUUCUCCAAUCUCAUCCAUCUCAAACACUUUCCCUCGGUCUAGGAGGCGUACCAACAGUCCUCUGCACCAAAGUGCCAGCGCACCCUCGUUACAUGCCCGAUCAAUCAGCCCGGGUAUGCUAGGGAGAACAUCCCCUUCACCUUAUUUUGCGGCACAACGAUAUACCAAUGAACCAUACCCGAUGUAUUCUUUCAGCUCAGCCUCGAGUAUCCCUAGCACUCCUACCUCGCUCCGGUCUCGAUCUCCUUCUAUCAGCUCUCUGGAAACGAUCGAAGACACGCCUGAUGCUGAAGAGGCGGCUAUGUUGGAAGCCGAAGAAGCCAGCCACGGACUGGACGAGGGCGAGCCACGUCGGAACUCGAUGGAAUCUCGAGGAAACAGCCUUCGGAGCAACAAAGAGAGAAAACGGUGGUCAGUGUGUGGAGCCGAGCGAAGAGCAGAUUUCUAUCUCGAACCCAUUGAAGAAUGAACCAUUUUUACGACCACAGGAUUUCCUUGCCCUCCAACCAAAGGUCUUGCUUGCUCUUAGGGAGCGGAAAUUGUUACGAGAGGCAUCAGUCCAUGUACAAAGAUACCCCAUUGUGGCAGUCGAGCUGCCAUAUGUUUACUUUUUUAUAUCACGAUACGGACCAAAAGGUCAGACGUCCGUGUAUCCUUCAUCCGCCAGUCACGGGAGUAGUCACAGACAUGGGCAGGGCGGCCCCACUGAGGGCAGAACAAAAUCACAGCUAUGAAUUAUGAGACAGUGGAUCAAUACAUUUGAGGUUUCCUCCUCAUUGCUACAAGACUCGAAGAUAAAAACAUUUACUGUCAUUCAGCUUUCCUUGUAGUUUGUUUGGAUUUCUUUGAAAUGUUGUGACACAUGCCAUUCGGCGAUGAAUAAGAUGAUGCACGUCUCAGCCUUGGAC